AUAUACGGAUAAUUAUAUACGGAUUAAAUCGGUAUGUAAUAAACGUAUUAUAUACGGAUAUUUUAUACGGAUAUUGGGAAACCCGUUAUAUACGGAUAAAUCCGUAUAUAAUUGAAGAAAUCAUUAUAUACGGAAAAUCCGUAUAUAAGAGUUGUAUGUAAUUUUGGCUCUUUUGCGCGGGAUGCUUUUCCCCUCUCACUCUCGAAAAAAAUUCAUUCUUUGAAAAAGAAUUAAAAAUUUCUGACUGAACUUUCAUUCCCGAACCUCUCCCUUUUCCUCUUCGCGAACCUUCAUUCUUGCACUUCUGCACUGAACUUCUUCACUGUCAGUCCCGCACCUCUUCUGUUCUCCCUCUCUGUCUUCGACUUCUUUCUUCCGCAUCAGUGUUUGGUCGUGUGUUUUGCCAUCGCGAGUUGUGUGGAUUCAGAUUUCAUCUGUCGAACGCGGUUGGUUUCUUCGAACUGGAAGCUCGAGUUGUGGUUACUUCUUGCUCGUUGUUUGAAAUUGCAAUUUUGGAAAGCCUAGGUUGGUUUCUUGGAAGUGGAAGAGAUAAGCUCGUGCUGCAAUUGCCUUCUGCACUUGGAUGUGUGCACCUGUGGAAGAGAUUUAUUGACAUAUUUUCUGGAAUUCAUGUUUAUCCAGCCUCUUCAAACCAAGUUUUAAGUACUAAACUUAGCUGAAGAUCUUGGCAGGAGAUUGUUAGCUGUAUUCGAUACUCCUAGAGAAUAUGGCAUCAGAUGGUUGUGACCCUCCUAUUCCACCUUUAGCAAAAUCAGAUAAGGAGAAGGGCAAGAAGAAAUCUUAUAUGGUGAAGUUGUUAAAUCGUUUCAAUAAUGUAAAUGCUUCAAGUAGUCAACCAUCUACACCUACCUCUACCUCCACUGCUAGAUUUGUUCCACCACCAUUACAAGUUCCUGGUUUGACACCUACUGCACCAUCAAUUCCACCUUCGUUGGAAGUUCCUGCCUUCACACCUAGUCCACAACAAUUUGCUGCUGAUCAAUGGAGAUCACCCUCCCCCCAUGUUGGUUCUAACCCAACAACUCCCACAAAUAUGCCAUCACCACCUCCUAUAGGGGAUAACCCUCCACAUUCAAGUUCAGCAGCCAAUGACUUUGAAGAUGUUUCCAACAAUCGUCCAAUCAUUACACCUAUUGGAGGAGGGUUUUAUCCAACAAAAACAGCAUCCAAAGCAAUCACAGCCACCAUCAAGCAACAGUUUGAUGAGCCAUGGGUGACAUGGGGAAAUAUACCUCAGACACAAAGAGAUGUUUUCUUUGAGCGUUUUAGGAGGAAGGUUUCAUGGAGGUCUAACCAUGAAGAAAAGGUGAAAAAAAAUUUCCACACCAAAGCAUCUCAUAGAUUAUCUGAGAUGUUUAAAAAGGCUCGAACAGAAGGAAAAAAACCUAAUUGGAUGGGGGAUAUUGUUUGGAAUGGUCUUUUGGAGAAGUGGAACAUGCCACUUUAUAGACAACAAUGUGAAACGGCCAAAAAGAAUAGGACAUCUGAUAAGGGUGGUUGUUUGCACACUGGGGGAUCCAUUAGCGUGCAUGAGCAUGCAAUUCGUCUGUCACAGGAGCUUGGUCGGUCAGUACAUGUUGAUGAAAUAUUUCAGCAAACACAUAUUCGAGCAUCAACAGGACAAUUUGUAGAUGAAAGGUCUAGGCGGACACAUGAAGAGUUUGAAGCAAAAUUUUCUCAAAUAAGAUCUGAGACAGCAUCUGUUGGUGCUUCAGCAUGUUCUCCCCUAGACCCUGCAGAUGAGGAAAGAUUGAGGAACCAAUGUUGGUUGGACGUUGUUGGUGGAAGGUACAAGGGACGCGUAUACGGCAUCGGAAAUGUCAGUGCUCAAGAUGACUGUGUUGAUAGUUACAUACAACAGACACAGGCAUCUUCUUCUCAGCAACCGAUGGCAGACGACAUUUCUAACCUCCACACACGACUAUCAACCCAUGAUGACCAACUUCGACAGAUGAACUCUCAAUUGCAAGGCUUUAUUGGCGUCAUAAUGCAGUACCUUCCGCCUCCUGCAGUCGCAAUUGCACAACAAUAUUUUCAAUCCCAAAAUCAGCCACAACCUAAUGUUCAACCACAGCAACCACAACAAGCACAGCAACCACAGCAAGCACAGCAACCAACAGAUCAACCACAAGAUGAUAAUGUUUAUGGAGAUUAUUAGUUAUGUUCUUAGAAGUAGGGCAUCUAUGACUCAAACUUAUUCCCUCAAGAACUUAUUUCAUCUUAUUUGAACUUAUUAUAAUUCACAAUUAUGUAAACAUUCUUAUUAGGAUUAUUAAUGUGAAACGCUUGUUUGUCGGCU